AAAAAGGAGAGAGAGAAAGAUCUCCUGAGGCAGGGCUUGCAUGGCCUCUCCAAGUGCCAGGGAGGAACAGAAGCCCUUGGUAGGCCAGGAGGUGAUCCAAGACCAGCCUGCCAUGUCCCGUUUUGAGGGCAGAAGGGCUGCCUGUGCAGCAGUGCUCAUGGUAGAGAUUCUGGAGCGGGCAGCAUUUUUUGGCAUUGUCUCAAACCUUGUCCUAUACCUCAACAGCAGCAACUUUAACUGGGGCGGCCCCCAGGCUUCACGGGCAACUCUGCUAUUUCUGGGGGCCUCCUAUCUGCUCUCACCCAUUGGAGGUUGGCUGGCUGAUGCUUACCUGGGCCGUUACUGGACCAUCACAUUCAGCUUCCUACUUUAUCUGCUGACAGCCUGCCUGUUGCCUGCCACGGCCUCACAAGAUGGACAGGUCUUACUGUGCGGAGACAGGUCAGUUUAUGCGAUACAGCCCUCUUGCCAAAGAGGUGGCAUUGAGUGCAAGCAACAAUUACCAAGUCAGUACUGUGCCCCUAUAAUGUAUGCUGGCCUGCUGCUCCUGGCCUUGAGUAUCAGCUCUGUCAAGGCCAACCUCACACCAUUUGGUGCUGACCAGGUGACAGACCUUGGCCGUGAUGCCACCCGACGUUUCUUCAACUGGUUCUACUGGAGUAUUAACUUUGGUGCUGUGAUCUCACUGCUGGUGGUUGCCUUUAUCCAGCAGAAUGUGGGCUUCCUUAUUGGCUAUGCCAUCCCUGCUGUCUGUGUGUCCUUUGCCUUGUUAGUCUUCCUUCUGGCUGCCCCCCGCUUUGUCACAAAGCCUGCCACUGGCAGUCAAGUCUCCACUAUGUUUCAGCUGGCCUUUAAGAGCAGCUGCUGCAGUCAUGCUCUUCAGAAGAUGACCACUAAAGCCAAGGAGAACAAUUUUCAGUCAGAAGAAGAGAGUGGCCUGCUCUCAGAUCCUAGGCACCAGCCUCAGGAGCCUUCACAUGAGAACACCUCCAACUUCCAGGCAUUGAUGAAAAUCUUGCCUGUGCUGCUCACUCUGAUCCCAUACUGGAUGGUCUACUUCCAGAUGCAGUCAACCUACUACUUGCAGGGGCUGCACCUCUAUAUCCCUAACAUCUUUCAACACAGCAAUUUGAAUAGCAGUGUUCUCUCAGCAUCUGUGAGAAAUGGCUACACGUUCCCAGAUGCCUGGCUCCUUCUAGCCAAUGUGGUGUUUCUACUGAUCCUGGUCCCACUGAAAGACCGUGUCAUAGACCCAUUCCUGGCAAAGAGGAAGCUAUUGCCUUCACCACUAAAGAGGAUGGCUGUGGGUAUGAUCUUUGGCUUUGCCUCAGUCAUUGCAGCAGGUGUUCUUGAGACUAAGAGGCUAAAAUAUGUGCACAACAAUGAAACCAUCUCCCAGCAAAUUGGGAAGGAUGAUUAUAUUGCAGCAGCACUUCCCAUCUGGUGGCAAAUCCCCCAGUACCUGCUCAUUGGAAUCAGCGAGAUCUUUGCUAGCAUUCCAGGGCUGGAGUUUGCCUACUCUGAAGCUCCCAGAUCCAUGCAAGGAGUGAUCAUGGGUCUCUUCUACUUCAUUUCUGGUGUGGGAUCCCUUUUAGGAUCUGGCCUCCUGACUCUUCUAUCUUUGCCAGCCAAUGGUUGGAUGAACUGCCCAGAGGACUAUGGGAACAUCAACAAGUGUCAGAUGGAUAAUUAUUUCUUCCUGCUUGCUGCAAUCCAAGCAGUAACCUGUGUCCUCUUUGUCUGGAUUUCUAUCCGUUAUGAGCAUCAACAGCGGCCCAACUCCUGCCUCCCGUGCAUUGGACAGGAAGACAAAUGACAUGCUUGGUUUUUGCAAGACUGCGAGGAGAUUGCCCACAUACAACAGAUCUCAGCAUAUGGCCAGACAUCACCACUACCAUUCUAUAUAGAUAGCAUGCAGGGAAGUUUUGAACUCAGACAGUAUAUUAAAGGAUUAGAGACACUCAUGGAAGACAGCACAAUCAAUGGCAGACUGUGAAGUUAGGCACUACAACCCUCUAUUCAAGGUGUCAUCAACAUCUUAUUUCCAGAAGCUGAGUAUGAAUAACAGAGUAUGGAGAGCCUGAGAACUAAAAUUACCCUGAGACACAAGCCACUGUUUAGGUCUCUGGCUAGAUUGGGGGGACUGCUAUCUGACUCAGCAAGGCUGUUUCUGUCAACAGACUCACUAACACCUAUCAGUCUCCCUGCAGCUAAGUCAUACUUUGGCUCUGAGGAGGAGAGGAGGUGGAGAGGAGAAUUAAAACAAAAAAGGAGUGGGUUUUACCCACCACUACCACCUCAAUGUAAAACUGAUUCUCAGGGCCAAAAUAAUAUCCUAUCCUCAUAUUGCUGUGGAGAUGCCUAAAAAACUCCACCACUUCCAUAAAAGCUUCAGUGCAGUAAAACAGGAGUACAGUGGCACCUUAAGACCUAACAACAAUUUGCUUCUGCACAAGAGUGCCACUGAAGUCCUGAUUUAUUUUGCCGCUACGGACUAACAUGGGUACCCAAUGAAACUAUCAAAAGUUACAAGAUUCUCACUGGCUAAGGCCAAAAUGGUAUAAUAAAGAGAGGAGGAUGAGGCUAUGACAGAACAUCAGAUUGAUAGCAAACCUUUUAGUAUUACAUACAGAAAUACAGAGUGGGGGGGAUCAAUGUGUUUCUUUUCCUGUAACUUGAUGUAGUCUUAAAUAUGCACAUUUGUUGUUGCUGAGAAACUCCAUGCCUUUUUUUUUUUGGCAUAAAAAACUACAUCUGCUGUUCUCCUGGGGCCACAGCCUUUCUACCUAAAGUAUGGACAUAGUAGUUCAGAGCACAACAGCAAACAUUUUGCAUAUAGCCUAUGAGAUUGGAUCAUGCUUAUCUGGGAGAUAUAAGAAUGGACAGGUGUGUUCUUGUGGAAAGCACCUGUUUGAAGACUGAUGCAUUUUUGAGUCUUUGGACUCAAAACAUUGCUCAGCUUGUAAUGCAAUCCCCUAUGUGCAACAUCUAAAAUAAUUUUUGUUGUAGUGCUGUUUAUGGUCUAAUGACAUUUAAGCCAGCCUUGCUAUUUUGAAAGCUUCACUCUUUAGACACAGCUCUGUUGGAACAGCAAAAACUAGGAAUACAUGGCUGUAGUAAAACCAGAACACCUAACACAAAAGAUAACAAUAUAUCAAAAGUGAGUUGUGUGGGAAAGGUCCAGCGUGUGCCAGUCCAAGGCAAGGAGUUAUUGGAACUUUGUUUUUAACGCAGCAUCAUCUUUUAACUGGUCGAGAGCACUGAGCUUGAGCAAAUGGGAUGGAAUUUGUCAGGGCUCAUUUCCACUUUGAAUAUGUUGGAUUUGCUCUUUGGCUAUAUUCAUGAUUUAUUUCCUGUUUUAAAAUAGAUGCUAAAAUCCCUACAGUAACAUUUCAUGCUUUGCGUGACUUAUCUUGAAAACCAGAGAUAAAUUUCAUGGGUCUCGUUGGGGC